ACAGCCUCGUUUUCAGCAGCCUGCUGUACACAGUCAAUUGACCAAAGCAAGGUAUACCAGCAGAGGCAUAUUAACAGAACAACACUGGAAAACAUGCAAGAGGUUCGCUAACUUUACAGAGCAGAGAAGAACGAGAAACAAAACAAAACGUCAAGAUACCUGGGCGAGAGCGUAUCUGAAUUGGAGCGAAAAUGAAGUAAUCAGACGCUGCCUGAGUGGAGGCGACAGCAUGCAGUGGGAUGGAUGAGGCGGAACAGAACCGAUAUGUGUCUCAGCUCAAGGGCGUGUUUGACAGCUGUGACACCACCGGCACUGGGUACCUGGACCAGGGUGAGCUGACAGAACUGUGUCACAAGCUCCACCUUGAGGCUCAUUUACCUGUGCUGCUGAAGACGCUGCUUGGGACCGACCACUAUGCCAGGGUAAACUUUGAAGAAUUUAAAGAAGGCUUUGUAGCAGUGCUGUCAAACUUCCUGGAACUCAGCACAUCAGAAGAGGAGAGCAUCUACCUGGAGCCAGCAAUCCCAGAAGAGGUUAAGCCCAAAUAUGUCAAGGGAACCAAGCGGUACGGCCGUAGGUCUCUGCUUGAACCCCCCGACUCGAAGGUGGAGAUCACAGCAGAUUCGGAGGAGCUGCUUCCCUACAAACCCACCCAGACUGAGCUGUUACUGCCAGGCAGCAGGAGAGCUCAGCUGAGGCGCUGCACAUCGUUGGAGAGUGUGGAGAGUCUCAAAUCAAAUGAAGGGACUGUCACCGGUAAAGAGCUACCGAACGAGACGUUCGAAGCACAAGGCCAUGUGAGAACAUGGAACCCUGACUUGCUUGACAGUCCAAGGCAGACCUAUAGUCCCCGAGAGGACACCGCUGAUGUCACAGACAGCCAGUUGCAGGCCAUCUGGGCGGAGCUGGGUGUGGGAGACAGUGGCUACCUCAACAGGCAGGAGCUCUCUGUGGUCUGUGACCACAUCGGCCUCACUGACCUGCAUGCUGAGGAGCUAGACGCCCUCUUCAGGCAGCUGGAUAAAAACCGUGAUGGCAGAGUGAGCCUCUUUGAGUUCCAACGAGGGCUGUUCCAACACUCCCCUCUGUCUGCACCUGCCUCCUCCACCCCCUGCAAACCCAAAGUCUUGCGUGCUCUCCAUCAGGCUUUUGAGGAAAGCCCUCACAGAACAGCCACACCGUCUCUCCUCUGCACAAUAGCAGGGCCCCGUCUGCUCUCCUGUAUUAACGAUGGCACAGGGUAUGUGGAUCCAGAGCAGGUCAUCAGCAUCUGGCGAGAGGAGGGGAUCUCUAACAGCAAAGAGAUUCUGCAGACUCUGGAGUUCCGCCUUGGUGAGAAACUGAACCUUUCUGAGCUGACACUUGCCCUGGACAAUGAGCUUCUGGUGUCCAGAAAUGCACUCCACCAAGCCGCUUUGGUCUGCUAUAAAAAUGAAAUACAAUUUCUGCAGGGGCAAGUAGAACAGAGCUGCAAGGAGAGAGACAAGGUGAAGGCAGACCUGGAGAAGGCAGAGAAGAGGAACUUGCAGCUGGCCAGGGAGGUGGACGAUCGCCAUGUUGCCAUGGAGCACCUGAACGAGAGCAAAGUCAGGAACCUUGAACAGGAGUACAAGGAGAAGCUGUCAACCCUGAGAAGUGAAAUGGACAAGGAGCGAGAGCUGGUCAUGCAGCAGACGAACAAGCAGAGAGCUGAGCUGGAGGAGGAAAUCGAUUUGCUGCGAGCCAAUGACGCCAGCCUCCGGGAGGAAGUCACCGUGACAACAAAGGAGAACGGUCGCUUGGAGAAGGAGGUUGACGAGCUGGUGGAAAAGCUGGCAGAUUCCCAGAAAACAGUUUCUAAACUACAAAAAGACCUGGACCACAUGCUGAUGGAAAAGUUUGGUAGCCUGGAUCCACACCAUUCAGAGCUCUUCAAUCAGGAGGAGCGGUGUGCAGAGAUAAUCAAGGAGUUUGAACAGCAAUGCAGGGAGCUGCGGGACAGAAACGAUGAGCCGCAGUCGCAGUUGGAGCUGCUGUGUUCCCAGGUACAGGACAGGAGGUCUCAACACUCCCUGAGGAACAACAAGCCGCUCCGCAUCGGGGCUGUCAGCAGGGUCCGCCCCACUGACUCAGACUCUGAUGAUGCAGAUAUAGUAAAGAAACAUAAGUAUCUCAGAGUAAGAAGACAUCUACCCACCUCAGGGAGAAAUGGUAUUGUUGCCCAUGAAAAGAGUCCUGCUAAAAUUAGCAUUGAAACAGAGAUGGCUGUUGAGCAAAUAAAGGAGAAGCAUCAGCAAGAAGUCCAGGACCUGAAAAUACAGCUCCCAAGGUGAACCUUUUCAAAUUUUUAUGAGAGGAAUAUGGAGUUGAUGACGAGGAGUGUUGAGCUGGAUCGUAAAGACAAUGAGCAGAGCUUCAAGAUCAAGAUCAGUGAGCUGGAGGAGCAGAGAGCUGAGCUGGAAGAGAAGUGCGAGCAGCUGCAGGCGGUUAUCGCUGAGCUGAGAGAGCAGCUGCAGAGGCCAGGCCACGGCCAGGACCUGGAGAAGAGGUUCCACCAGGAGAGGGCUGACAUGGAGCAGUGCUAUGCCAAAGAGAUCACCGGCCUUGCACAGAGACUGACCAAGGAGAAGGACCAGCUAGAGCUGGAACUGCGUGAGAAACAUCAGCAAGAGAUGGUACAGCUAAGGAAAGAAGCUGCUGAUCUCGAGCAAAGGUUGUCCCAAAUGGAAAACCACCAUGCUGAAGCCCAACCCGUUUUGCUGCAGGGAAACCACAAACUACAGAAACUCCAGGAGAAAUUGGGUCAAGAAAAGCAUCAGUGGGAAGCUAAGGGGAGAGACCUCCUUCUGCAGUGCAGGAAAGAAAAGCUGAGAACUGAAGAAAAGAUGAAUGUAGAAGAAGUCAGGAUCUGCAGUAGUUUCGCCAUGGAUAAGAAGAUAAUGGAGGAGCAGUACACGGAGCAGAUAAACCAGCUGAACAGUGAGAUUGGUACACUUCAAACUGAGGUUGAAAAGAUGAGGGACAUGGAAACUCUUCUAAUGCAUUCAGAAGCUGUUCUAGAGAAUCGCAUUACAUUUAUUAAAGACCAGGAUAGUUUAAUCAAAGAGCUGACUUCUGAUCUCAAGUUAAAGGAAGAGGAGGUAGAGUUGCUGAAGAAGAGAAAAGAUGACCUCAGUCUUAAAUUACAGCAGAAAGAAAAUGCGACUCCUGUACCUGCCAAACUGUCAGAGCUUAAAGAAAAACAGAAGGUUGUGGAGAAUUAUAGUCAUCAGGAUAAAGAGUUACAAACCCUGCUGCAGGCACAGGAAGAAGAUGCAAAGCUUCUGAGAAAGAAGGUGCAAGACAUGCAUGAACACUUGAAAAACAGCAGAGAUGAGGUGCUCCAACUGAAAGCCAGACUGAAGUCAGAGGAGCAAAACAAGGAGAGACUUUUUGAAAACUUAAAAAAUCAAAGUAGCCGCUGUGAGCAACUGUGUGUCCAGCUGAAAACACAAGAAGAAGUUUUAACACAGCAGAGAAGAAAAGAACAAGACCUGGUAGGCGCAUUAAAGCAGAGAGAACUUGAUGCGGUUGAGCAAAAUUCAAAAUUCGAAUUUGAGGUGAAAGACAAGGAGGGACUUUUGGAGGAGAUCACAAAGCAAGUUUGUGUUUGUCAGCAGUUGUCCUCUGCGUUGGUAGGAAAAGCUGCAGUGACAAAUGAAAAAAUAAAACCCUUGUUGCAGUUACAGCACGUGUCUCCUCUGAUUCUUGAGCAGGGGGUCCAGCUAGACUCGGAGGUGAAGGAAAAAGAACAGUUAAAAACCAAACUCAAGGAAAAGCUGGAUAUACUUAAGCACAAUUUGACGCUGUUGAAAGAUCAUGUGAGCACAAUUCAGGAGUUGUCUGCCAAGUUGAAGGACACAGAAGAAGAGCUGUUCCUUCUGAGAAUGCAGGCUGGGGACUUGUCUGGCUUGUUGCAGCAGAGAGAACAAGAGGCACAAACACAGAUACGCCAAGUGACGGAAGAAUUUGAAAUGGAAAAACACAAGUUGAAGGAUCAGCUACUUCAGAUGGAAAAGCUGGUAACUAAAUUGGAGACUGUAUCAGGUGAAGGCAGAACACACAGGGCUCAACUUCAGGGGCUGACUGAGGAAAACUCUGCACUGAAAGUAAGACUUGCCAUAUUCCAGCAAGAAGUCCAGAAGCUAGAAAUUGAUCUAAAUAGACAGAGAAAACAAACAGAACAGAGGAAGAGUGAACAGGAGAAGGAGCAAAGUGAAGCAGAACUUCUCUUCAAAGAGAACACAAGGUACAGGGACGAGGUGUUUGAAAUCAGCAACAGGAACCUGCAGCUGAGCAGCGAGAACGCUGACCUGAACGCCAAGAUCAAGGCCGACCAGAGUACCAUUCAGCUGCUGAACGAGAGGCUUGCACAGAUCUCCCUGCAGAAGGAAGAGGAGGCUGUGGUUGCUAGGCAACUGCAGGAAGCAUCCGGCAGACUGGAGAGAGAGCAGCUUCAGCAGCAAUCUGGAUGGCAGAGAGACAAAGAGCUGAUGGAACAAGAGCUGCAAAUAUCAAAAGAAAAGUUACAGAGGCUGAAAGAAGUGGAGUCUGAAUUUUCAAGUUUAACACUAAAGCAUCAGUGGCUGGAGCAAGACAAGGAAUGUCUGGUUAAAGAGCUUGAGGAACGUAAUGAGAAGACUGAGAGGUUAGAAACGGCUCUACAGAAUGUUAGUGACCAGGCAGAUGAGCUGCGCUCUGCACUCCAGGCAGCCAAUCAGGACAAAGAAUCCCUGAUGAAAGAGGCGAUGACAAAGCAGAAGAUACUGCAGGAGGCCGAGGACAAGAUCAAGCAGCUAGAAACGAAUAUACAGCGGCUAUGGGAAGAGAAAGAGCUGCUACAGACCAGCUGCCGGCAGGCCGAUGAACAGGAGAAACUCUCUCUCAGGCAGGAGUGUGGAGCUCUUCAUUCACAGCUGGAACAAUGCCAGCAUAAGCUAAGAAAUAUUGAGCUGAUGCAUGCACAGGAGAGUGAGCUGCAAUGUGUGAACCAGGAAUGUCAAACCUUAAGAAGAAAACAUACUCAGUUGGAAGCUGAAAUGGUGGAAGCUCAGGAUCAGCUCCUGGAGGCUAACAUGACCCUGACACUAGCACAGUCUCAGCACGUGAGGGAGGUGCAGCAGCUGAAGGAGCAGGCGGGAGCAGCGGUGCCCAGGGAUCAGGUGGCACAGCUGCAGAGCCGGCUGGCAGAGGAGCAGCGCAGGGGCCAGUGGCUGCAGGAGCAGCUCAAAGCCCAGGAAGAGCAGGCUAGCAAGCAGAUGGCUCUGCAGCAGGAACAAUACGAGCAAGUUCUGAAACAAAUGGAAGAAAGGAUGGAAGACGUAGAGGCCAAACUGAAGAAUCUGCGAAUGAUGCUUCAGGAGAAGGUGACACAGCUGAAAGAGCAGCUUGCCAAGAAUGCAAAGUCAGAUGUCCUGCUGAAGGACCUCUAUGUGGAGAACUCCCAGCUGAUGAAGGCUCUGCAGGUGACAGAACAGCGGCAGAAGAGCUCAGAGAAGAAGAACUUCAUCCUGGAGGAGAAGAUCGCAGCGCUGAACAAGCUGCUCAGCAAAAUUACCCCAGCAUCGCUGACAGUGUAGCCUAUGUGCUCCUCUGACACUGUAGCAGUACAACUAGCAGUUAAUCACAUGUAAAUUACCUUAUUUUUAGAUUGCUGUACAGGGACAAUCAUUUACAACCCCAGCUCUCCCAACACACAAACUGUAGCACCCCCCUGAAAACAGCCAGCAAAUGUCUGUCAGGUAACUUUAUGUGCUGUAUCACAAGGAUGUAGGAAGCUAGAAGUAGCUUAUGAUUUUAGAGGUUGCAGGCUGUACUGGGAUUUAGGUUUGAAGGAAUGCAGUAUCUUCAGUGUUUUACUAAUGGGGUAUCCGGCUUAGUUGUGUUGGUGAAAUAGUGGCUUUAUUAUUGUUUCUUGUAGGCUCAGUCAUUUGUCCUUGUUCAUUUCUACAGGUAGUAUGCAAAAAGCCAGCAGCAUCUUUACAAGUAAAUCUCAGGCACAUUUGUAUGGCCCCCCUGGGUCCAGAUACUGAGACAUGUGACUUUCUAUCUUCUUGUAUUUGAAAGAGGAUGCUUGAGCAUUGCCUGCUAAUAAUCAACUAUUGUGGUGGCCAAGCAUAUUUACGUUCAUGUAUGUCUCUUUUUUUGUCAGAAUGAAAAAAACAAGAAACUCAGAUAAUGUGGACAAAACCUUAAUUGUUACAGCACAAAGCUCCAGAACUAAAACCAAUCAUCUGAAUAUGCAUUUUACAAAGGCACUUUGAAAGAAAACAUAAACACUGUAUUUACUUUUUACAAGUGCCUGUGAAGAAAUCCAGUUACCUGUCAGGCUUUUUAUCCUAUUUUUUGAGAGACAUUACAGUGGUCUUGAGAAAUAAUCAAUUCUGUAACAAAAUCAAUCAAUCAAUCAAUAUUUAUUGUAUAUAGUGCCUUUCACAGUGGAACACCAUCCCAAAGCGCUUUACAAGAUGCAAUAAAUACAAGGUACAGUAUGUAUAAAAUAAACGAUGUACACUUUUGAUACAAGAACCAUGGAGCAUGUACAUACUUAUAAUUCUUGGUACACAGUUACUGUCUAAACUAUUACAUUUUAUGCACUAAAGUAAAACAAAUAUUUUAUUUCUGUGAAUGGUAUUAUGGUUUGAUUAAAAAAAAAAACUUAACUAUUAUCAAAUUGUGAUUUAGUUUUUAAGAUGAAUAUUUGAUAACUAGUGUAUAUACUUAAGCACAGAAUGGAAAUGUGAAAAAAAAAAGUUUUGCAGUUUUUCCUGUUAGUUUUUGUUAUGCAGUAGUCUGUUUUUUGUUGCUACUGAAUACAAACAUUUUCCUCGUUAUUCUGUGAGUAUUGCGUUUUUUGUAGCCAGUAAUAAUAAUAAUAAUAAUAAUAAUAAUAAUAAUAAUAAUAAUAAGCUCCUACAUGGAGCUUUUCUUCAGUUCAGAUGCCUCGUACAGAAAAACAAACCUGGUUUGUGGACUGUUUGUGAAACACGUAAAGAAUAAAAGUACAGCUAACUUUUAUAUAUUUUUUUAAUUUGGAUUUGAAUGCAUGUUUGUUUGUAAGUUUCAGUAUUUGUUACCGUUACAUCAGGUCCUGACAUUUAUUAGCAAAAUAAAAUAAAAUACAAAGUGUUAUUAAUUCAAAUAUCUAGUUAUCUGCAGUAUGUGUUAAUUCCGACCGUGCUGUUUGUUCAGUGUGUUAGAUAAAUUCAAAGCCUCCUUCUCCAGACUUUUACUGUGAUAUGCUUAAAUGAAGUUGCUGAAAGUAAUCAGACUUUCUAGUUGUUUGAUUUCAACUUGUCAUUCAAACCGGAGACCAGUUGCUAUUAUGGUUACUGUAUUGUCGCUGAUAGCAAACAAUAUUCAGAUUUUUAAAAAAAGUUUUUUUUGUUUUUUUUUUACUUUAUUUGGCAUACUAAAUUUAAAUGGAUAGGACAGUGAGGAAGCAGAAUAGUCCACAUUGACAGACAACAUGGAGCGUGUACAAGAACACAGAUUUUCUUUCAAUAAGCAGAAAAAUGGUAAUGAUUCAAAAGUUUGGAGUGCCUAUCUCAGCCAAUCAGGACGCAGAUAUCUCCCAACCCGUUUUAUAACAGAUUUACCGCAUACGCUGUCGUGGGUUAUUUCUUACUUAAAUUUCAGGAUUAAAAUGUAUGACUUUUUUCUUUUACUAUUUUGUGUUUUGAAGCGUAAAGCUACAUUACAGUAACUACUGCUCAGUGUGACAAAAUAAUGACCUCAAAGUUAACAUUUAACAAAAUAAACCCUUUUAUAAGACAUGUAAUCUGUUACCAGGAUAGAAAAAUGUAGAUUGUUCUAUCUAAACAAAAGUAAUAAACUCUAGUUUCUUCAAUGACAAUUUCUAUGGUGGAUAGAGUAUGAGCAUUCUGAGAAGUUCCCGUUAUGAAUGCUAUACUCCAACAAGUUCCUCUAAGUUCAUCCUCAGACAACAUCCACAAAGACAUACCUUCCUAAUGUUUACAGUUUUUCGUAAUAAAUUAUUUACCUGCCAGGAUGGCCAGGAACCAAUUUCUAUAACAUGUUCCUGUAGGCACUGCCAAGAUCUGCAGCUAAUAAACCCAAUUUAUACAAAGUCGCAGAUUACAUUUAUUUGCGUAAUGCAUUUUGUGCUCAUUUCAAAGCUACCUACAAACACAAGGAGGGACUAAAUUAAAGUUAAGUGAGAUGUUCAAAGUGACAAAGUACGUCAUGGACAGUUCUGAACCAUGACUUUAUAGCUUCAGAUGUGCAUAGCCUGCACUGCCAUACAAGUUCAGCAUGAGUAUCAUGCAUUAUACACUGGGCUUUAAUGCACACCUAAGAUUUCUAUACAAAUGAAUAGAUCAUUUGAAAUGUGAUAACUUCUAAUCUGUUUUCACAGGAUGAGGCAAAAUUGCCACUCACAGUAAAUCUCUUCACUGUAAUGCAAAUAAAACAAAUCAGUGAAAUGUCUGUUAUUCCCCAUGCCUGUCUGUGACAGGGUGAAGCCUGUCGUUGUGUGUGUUUGUGGUGUUUAGAGUGGAUGUGAGUCUGCUGUGUGGAUCUGAGUUUGUGUGAGGAAUGUGUG